AUGAAGGGCCCAAGGGUGCAACUGGGGGAGUACACCCAUCCCCAGAAGAACCCCAAAUCUCUGGCUGGCUGUCUCUUACCCAACUCCCAUCCCCAGCUCCAGCUGAGGGCAAGCGGGCUGCUGGGCUCUCCCGAGGAAAACCCAUGGUGCCGCCCUCAGGCCCCUGGCAGCUCCUCAACCUGGGCCCCAUCUCUGCCCCUCUUGGCUCCCCAGGCGUAUUUAAACUUUGCCCCUCCCACCCCCGUGCCUGGCGGAUCCCCUGGCACUGAGGCCCAGCCAGUGGCUCCAGCCAACGCACUUGGCUCCCAUAGCAAGUUAAAUCUAACCCAGCCCAGCUGUCUCUCCUCCGGCUCCCACCUGCCCCUCCCAUUCCCUGCAGGGAUGUGCCCACACCCUGCCCACCCUACACAGGCCCUCAGGAAGGGUGCAGAGGUUCCCUAGGGUCCCCCACUUUCCCACGCUAGGAAAGCCCUUUGCCUAGCAGCCUCUGGGGUGAGUGCCCUGCUUCUGGAGGUACCCCAGCGCCCAGGGUGGGGCCAGCAGAGUGCAGCAGGUUUUCAACAGGUAUUUCGAGAAGGAGCAGGAACCCACUUCCCAUCAGUCAGGGCGCAGCCAGGAAGAGGGAAACUCCAGGGCCAACACUGA